AUGGAUGUAAAUAAUGGCAAUGAAUUAGUCCCUUCAUCUUUUAAAUUUCAUGAUUUUGUAAUAAAAGUUGGUGAGAUUAAAUUUGCUUGUCAGACAAUAAGAUUGCCAACAAGUUUGUAUCUAUGGAUUGGAGAUGUUAAUGAAGAAAAAAUGAAUGAUUUGUCCUAUGCAUUUACAUCGAAUUAUGAUCCUCUUCCUGUCGCAACUAAAUUAAUUGGAUCAACUGCUGAUUCAUCAUCUUGUAAUAUUGCUAAAAGAUUAACUAAAAAAUGUGGAAUGCCUGUUUAUGUCAGUUUUAAUGUCACAGCAGACAAUUUUACUUUACUGGGAAUUGAAAAAAGUAUCAGUGAAGAAUUUAAAACGCAUCCUGAUAUUAUAGCAUCUUGA